GGUUGCCCAUGCAUCGCAUAAUGAUUCCCGGCAGAACCUCGAAACUAACAGGGAGAGGUGCGUGACUAACCCCUUCUGGCCUAGUGCAAGGCUUAUCAUCCAUCCUGAGCCAGCUUCACUCUCGUCACCCUCUACGAGAGUGCAGUUUGCAGUGCAGUGCGCAAACAUACAGCUUCAACCACAACUAUGAAGCUCUCGACAAGCUUGCUGGUCCCGGCCUUGAUUGGCGCAGCUUCUGCCUCAUCCGAAGCCAUCGCCUACAUUUACCAAGGGAAACAGCUAUCCCAUCCCUCCAAACCCGCGACCCUCACUCCCGAGCAGGCACGAUUAAUCCUCGCACAGCGUCUGGGGACCUCACGAUAUCACGAUUUGGCAUCGAGUGCCAGCGAAAGUACUUUAUCUUACAUCAAUACAUUCGGCGGGGCACAAGAAUCGUUAUUUGAUGACGAGGCGCUGAAGCAGGUACCAGAAUUGGUGUUGAUCGUGGAGGGAGUGUCUUCGCAGAGUGCAAAAUCACUCUUGUCUGCUCAGGAAUCAAUCAAGCCCGCAUUUUCCAUCUUGAGCCCACCUCCCAUGAAAGCGAAUUCUCAAUUCGUAUCAGACCUGAAUGCGCAAGCCGGACAAACAGCUGAUUGUCCGCUCGAAGAUGCCAUCAACCCUAAUGAAGCAAAAUGCUGGAAUGGCAAAUCAAAGGUCAUCCAUAUUGACUUGGGAUCCGACAGGGUAAAUAAAACGUCCACGUUUAGAGUGUGCGGAUGCUAAUUCUUUGCAGGACUCCGAACUUGUGAGAUUGAUGACAGCUCAGCAAAGGUUUAUUCGCUGGGCGAAAAAAGAGGAGAUGAACACCGUUUUAGUUCUUAUGCCCGAAUCAGCACGCUUGUCAAAAUCAUCUCCUAAUCCAUAUGGAGUCUACGAACAAGCCUCCAAAGUGCCUCUUGGACGAAGACACUCGGAAGAAAUCAUAUCAGGAAGUGCACCUCCCCACACCGUGGCAAAGCAGGCUUCAAAGCCUGCUAAUUCUUCUGCACCUUUGUUGAAAGGCGUUCAGCCAGUGUGCCAUUCGACUCUUGAAAGUUGCCAAACGCUCACUAACCAGUGUUCUGGCCAUGGAUCCUGUUUUAAAAAGUAUGGAGGGAAAUCCCCAUGCUUUACCUGCGCAUGUGCUACCAUGAAUGAGACAUAUUGGUUUAGUGGCAAUCCUGGAAACAAGAAAGCACCAGCCAACAAGAAGGCAUACAGACUUGUCAAUUAUGGAGGACCAGCAUGCCAAAAGAAGGAUAUCAGUGGACCUUUCUGGCUGAUUGCAGGAUUUACUAUUGUUAUUAUUGGACUUGUGAGCUGGGCCAUCGGUAUGAUGUUCAGCAUUGGGGAGGAAAAGCUACCUGGAGUCAUUGGUGCAGGUGUAUCAAGUAAGACGAGGUAGAAGAUUGUGACGAUGUACGAUUUGUGAAGUAGAAGAUACGGUUUCUUUUUUAAUUAGCCUCAUUAUUUCCCAGCGGUUGGCGGCGUUCAGAAAUGUACUUAUCUUUGGCUGUGAGGAAGUGUAUAGAAGUGAGGCAAUGGAUGAUUGUAUUGGACGUGAUUUCUGGCCACAUUCACGUGAAAAGCCAGGUAGCGAUCUCCAACUGAAACCUAAAGUGU